AUGAAUUACUCUACAAUGAACGUCAUGCCUGAAGUUACUCCAAACUCCACAACUAAGACUUUGGGGCCUGUGGAAAUUGUGAACGUUUGUGUGCACAGUUUGAGUUUCUUGGUUGGUCUUCCUUCACACUGCUAUAUUAUAUUACUUAUCGUCACAGGAGCUGGAUGUGGAGUCGCAUCAGAGUUCUUCAUCCUCAAUCUCUCCAUUUGUGAGGCUGGUUUCUCUGUGGAUAGUUUGAACUUUGUUUUGGCAGAGUGGUUUUCAUUUAUAGUGGAAUUUCAAAUGUUAUUAGUAGGACUAGUCACUACUGGUCGUCCUCUGUUUCAGUGUCUGAUAUGUGUUGAGUGCUACCUGGCAGUGGUUCAUCCUGUAACCUUUCUGAAGUACAAACCUCUCAGAUAUAGAGUGAUCUGCUGCGCUGUGGCCUGGAUACUCAUCCUUGGUGCUUGUUUGUUCUGCAUGUAUACUAUAGUUCAAUACAACAUUGUACAUAUAUGGUUCUUGUCAGUGCAGUUCAUCCUCUUCUUCUUCAUCCAGCUGUUUUGUCUUGUGGCUGUUCUUAGAGCUCUGAAGCAGUCAGGACCAGGAAAGAGAGAGAAAGAGCAUAACCACAUGAAGAGAAGAGCGUUUCGUGUUAUUCUGAUCACUACUGUUAGCAUGGUUAUCACAUAUGCUCCAUAUAGUAUUGCAGCAUUUUUGACUAUUGUCAUGGGGAAGCUUAUUGCUGCACAUUGGGUCCCUGGUUUGAUUUGUUAUGUGCUGUGUGGUUUUAUUCAGCCAGUUCUUUAUCUUCACCGCAAUGGAAAACUCUCCCGCACAUGUCUCUUGUAA